CAGGUCCUUAACACACAGGCUUAAAGUACUGAGAAGAUGGAGGUCUACAGAGGGACGAACCUUCCCAAACUGAGCCCACAGUGUGCAAACCGUACAGCAUAUCUGUACGCCGGCCAUGAAGUCAACCUGCUCAAAAUACAGCAUAGAAGCAUUUAGGAAUGGAUGCAUCAAGUAUAUCGGUUUCGUCCUCCAGCUUAGCAUGGCCUUCAUGCACAACAAAUACAUUACCAAACAAUGAUAACCACCAGUCCUCCACAAGAGAAGAAAGAACAUCUCCACAAGCCGUGGUUCUAAAUGGCCUAAGCCUUCCUGUAGUUCAGAUUGCACAACAAGAAGGUCAACAGACACCCUUUCAACUGGCAUCAGGUGGUACCAGCUUUGCGAUUGAAAAUGCCAAUCUAUCUGUGAUAUUUACCCCUCAGCCUCAAACUGUUCUCCAAAAAACUCCACAGACUCUCACACUGAACAUUGUCAACCCUUUACCAAUUCUGAGCCCGACUUCCCCAGCUGGCUUCAUGGGUGCAAACUCAGGAAAAUCAAAAAGUGUUGGAAAGCACAUAUGUGGCCAUUGUGGUCGGGACUGCUUGAAGCCAAGUGUCCUUGAGAAACACAUUCGGUCACACACUGGGGAGCGACCCUUUCCCUGCAACAUUUGCGGUGUCUCAUUUAAAACUCAAAGCAACCUUUACAAACAUAGAAGGACACAAACUCAUGUUAAUAAUGUCAAGCAGAGCUGUGACUCUGAUUGUGGUAGUUGCCAUGAAGAUAAACUUCAUGAACAAGUUGAACACCACACUAGUUUUGACAUCAGCAGUGGAAUGAGGGAUGUUUGUAUAAAUAAUAAUCCAGUACAUGAAAGUGAUAGUAUACCAGGAAAGAAAGAAGAUGUAUCAAUACUAUCAUCUUUAAGAAUCCAUGGCAAGACACAUGCAGAUAAUGAUUCUGAUCCAAAGUCUACAGCUUCAAUUAGGCAUGGUCAACUACAGAGGCAACAUGAAGCCAGUGUAGAUAAGCAAUGGGAUGGUCCUCUUUCUGAAAGGAAACUUAAAAAAUGUGAAAGCACAGAUUCUGGAUACUUAUCCCAUUCAGACAGUGCAGAUCUUCAGAUGUUUGCUGGAAGCCCUCUUCAUAGUCUUAGUGAGUGCAGUAUGGAAUCAGAAAACAUGCUUGGUAUUGGUUCUGUGGAAAGUGAGGAUAAGUCCUCAUCCUCACACAAGAAGAACUUGGAGGAACAUAUCUCCAUGCUGAUCUCUAACAAUAAAGUGGUUGUGGAUAACACACACUUGGACAAUGUUCGUCCUCGAAAAACUGCUCUGUCAAAGCAAGGUAGCAUUGACCUGCCAAUGCCAUAUACUUUUAAAGACUCCUUCCACUUUGAAAUCAAGUCGCUUGAUGCCAGCAGAAAGAAGGUGGCUCUUUGCUCUACCAAAUCUACUUUCACUCCAUCAGAGAAGAACAAGCCUCUGUUUUUUCACUCAGUACCAACCCAGAUCUCUACAACUAUAGAGAACAUAAUAUUGUCUCGAAGCAAUUCCUUGCCAUUUGUAGAAAGUGGCAAAUUGAAAGACAGAUUGACAAUACAUAACAUUAAAUCACAUGGCUCUGGAAAACAACAUUUAAAUGCAAGCUAUGGCAAUUUAUUACUGUCCAACACUGCCACAGCCUGCACAGUUGAUUUUUCAUGCAGCCAUCCCCGUGGGCUUGUUAGACAAGCUGCCGUAGAUGAGAUGCAUAUUGGCAUUGGUUCUGACAAUACCACUUCAGGAGAAAUUAAGGAAAAGACAAAGGUUGCAGUUGAUCAAUUAUCCUCAAAGUUGAAAACAGCAAUUAAAAAAGGUGGACAAAAAAAAUUAAACAUGUUUUCUCAUGAAAAAUGGCAAAUGUAUGGGGAUGAAACAUUCAAGAAGUUUUAUCAGAAAAUGAAGAAGAAUGAUCAGGUUAAGAAAACAAAACAAGAAAAUUCAGAAUCUACAUGUCUGAUCAAUAAUGAAGUAUGCUUACAGGCAGCUUGUGAACUGGACAAGUCAUCUGAAAAUCUUGCCUCUAUGUCUUCUCCAACUUCAAACCUGCAGCUUACAUAUACAUCUGCAAUGACCUUAGCUGGCAAAGGAAUGAAUGUUCCUGCAUCUACUGAAGUCCCCCAAGUAACUCUAAAUGAUGAAAGUGGUGAUCAAGGAAACCAUCCCGAAGCUAAGCUACAAAGUAACCUAAAAAUAUCCAAAGGUGAUAUUAAUAGUUCACAAAAUGUUCUGGUAAAUGUUCCAAGUUCUUCUACUGGUGUCACUGAUAACUCAGGUACUGUAGUAACUGGAAAUCAGCAGAAAGUACCAAGUAUUUCAAGUAUUCAUGACUGUUUAGAUGUUAAUUAUACUGACAAUUACCAAAGCAAUGAAAUCUCUCCAUCAGACAGCAAAAAACCUAAGGUAGCCCAGUUGAAAGGGGAGAUAUUGUAUAGUGUUUCCUUGGACAUUGCAGAAGAUAGCAUUGAACAUCAGAAUAAAAGUGUGGAUGACUUAACAGAUAGUGGAAAUAUUACAAGAAUGCUAGGUGGUGAAGGGACUAAGAAAGUCUUAUCUUGUCAAUUACUUUCCACUAUCCUUUCCCAUGCAGAAGAUUCUAGACAAAUACAGUCAAAUAAAAGUCGACUUUUCAGCCCAACUACUCAACCGCCAUUAGCAUUGAAAGAAACUUUAUUUUCACCCAGAUAUUUAAUAAAAUUUCACUUCACUGGAGCUUCUUUAAAUGAACCUGUCAUACAGUCAAACCAGCCAGCAGUUUCUGGUUGUAUCUCAAGAGAUACUGAUAUGUUCAACUUAAGUCAUCCAACCUUUCUUGAAAACCAGCCACAAAAGAUGCAGAAACAUGAGUCUGUUAUUGCUCCCUUUGGAAAGAUACGUCUUAAUGAAGAAUGUGUUUCUAUAUGUUGCGCCUCAAAGAUAUCCCAACAUCUAGUACAGAACAAAAGCUUAGACACUCAAAAAGUCAGGUUAGAUAGCACAUAUCCAGAGAGACAUAAUACAUUUCAGAACCGUAGAGUAGUGACUGAGGGCCACAGAGUGGCGAAAGCCCAAAUAUCUAAACAAAUAGAGUUGAAGUCUACUAUGGUUUUAUCAAACAGCUCAACCAUGUCAGCCAAUGAGGUUACAAAACCCUCUCAAGACCAAUUUCUUCUAGAUAUAAUUCAGCCUGGACAAACUUGUUGGAAACCACUUAAUACAACUGAAUUACUAAACUGGGAAAACUCAUUGUCCUCCACGACAUGCACCCAUUCACCAUCAGGUAUCUGUAGUGUUAAAGUCACACAAGUCAGCUUCUCAACAAUGAACACAGAACCUAAAUCUACAUGGUGCUGGUUGGACAGAUGUCUACCCUUUCCAGCAGAGCAAAAGGAAAAGUCAUAUUCAGUUUAUGCUUCAUUGUCAAGUAAUACCUUUAAAGAAAUGAGGUCUGAACUUAAUGGAAGAAUUGAGAAUAACAUGAACAACAGGACAACCUUCAAUGACCAAUCAAUGAUGUCUUCACUUCUGAUGUCAGUAAAAGAAAAGGACGGUGUGGAUAAAGAAACCGACAAUGGCAAUUACUAUCCAUUGGUCAAAAAGUCUAGCAGGAUGGGCACAGUCAUGAAGUCUAGACAUGUAAAAAGGAGCAAAGAUGGUACCCGUGGACGUUCCCACUGCAAAAUGUUGCAGCACAGAUCUUCAAGAGUUCUUGUUCAAGACCAACAGCAUAAGAAAAACAUUGAUCCUGGAAGUCUCGAGUCAGGGGACAUAUUACUGAUUUCUACUAACUCUGAGCUUAGUGAUAAGGAAGGCAGCAGAACCAGCAUCCACCAUCGACCAUUUCAAGGAAAUCUGGGCCAGGAGAGUGAAGCUAAAGCUCUACUAGACAGUCAAAUGAAUGAGGGUACAAUAUCCACAUCACCUGCAGCACCAGAACAGAUCUUAACCGCAGAAGCUAAUCUGUCUCUGUCUAUGGAAAAGAUUGCCCAUCCAGAAUCUCCCAAGUCAACAUCAUUACUUUGGCAAAAGUCCUGCUCAAGUGUUCGCCUGACAGGCAGUGAAGUUCAACAUCAACAUUUAACAGGUUGUCCACAACAAAAAUAUGUCAAGAAGAUACUUCACAGAUCUAAGACAAUAGGACACAGCUUAGGAGAUGAUCCUGUAGGGUCAACAUCUAAGUUGACAUCUUCUGACUCCCAACCAAAAUUACCGGUGGAAGUGAAAGAUGGAACACGCAGGUCGUCUUUACAAAAUAUACAUUCAACUGAUUUUCAUUUGGGACCAAAGGCAAGUAAUUCUGGGACACUUCAGUCAGAAAACUAUGGAGCACCCUCUGGCCUUCAACUUCAUGGUUUUAAAACACAGAAGAAAAUUAACUUGGAGGUCAUGAGAAAGCAAACUCAUGUAGAAUAUAGUGACAGUGAUGACGAGGACCGACUCUACAUAGAAAUUGAGUAGUUCCUUGAAAGACAUGUCAAAAGAAAUGAUAAAAACGUUACUGCGGGAUGGAUACGUUUGUUAGAUUUUUAUAGUAGACCAGUUUUUCAUGGGUUUGAAAUUUCAAACCAAUUUGGACAAUAUGGAACAGAUUGUUGUUGUUUUUUUUUUUGUACCUACCUUUAUUACUGAUAUUACAGUGAACAUUAACUGAAGCCAUUACAAAUAUAUUGUAUUGUUGUAUUUUGCAGUGAAGCCUUUACCUGUGUGCAGCAUAUACAGAAAUAAUCAAUUAAUAAAUAAGUGAUCAGUUUCUUAGGAUUUACUAUGUUUUUGGUAGAGUCCCUUUUGGUUUCCAUAUAUACUCCCUGUGCAUAUUAUUUCUGAUUUAGUUUUGUCUAAAUUUUUUAUUUAAUCUUCCAGCUUCAAGACUGAAUGGCCUGCUGACUUAAUGUUGGUACUGUUACCAACAAGCUUGUAUUUUCUUUGUAUAGGCUUUCUUUGGGUACUCUGGUGUAAUUUUAUAGUUGGAAAUAUUUAGGUAAAUCAGAAUUUAUUCCAGAAUAUGACUGACUUUCUGCAGAUCUCCUACAUAAAGAGGAAGAGCUCAAUCUCUAGUGCUAGAUGUAAAUUCUCUUUAAAGAGUACCUGUCAUCAACAAAAACUUUUAAUAUGUUGUUCAUAAUCAUUAAUGAAGAGAUAUUGUAAUAUAUCUUCAUUAAAAAAUAUUAAUAUUUAUACCAGUUUUUUCAUUUUAUACUUUUGGCCACUAG